CUUGCCAUUCUAUGUAUAGGCAGAAAAUGCAUAUGCAGAUUAUGUGCCUCUCCCAAUCCGCCUGUAGAUGCAUUCCAAUGUAACAUACAAUUGGUGUUUCGAGCAGUGCAUGUGACGUCCAACUCCUCAACUAUUCACACCGCCGUUUUUUUCUGUUGCACGACUAAAACCCCGCCUGACCUGUGCCUGUUCAUGCAAUCCUCAGUCCAGUCAAAACCAUACAGUGUGGACCCGGCGAACACAGAAACGAAUAGCGCGAAAGUGUGUCAAAGGUCGGUACCUGCUCAAAAGACAUGGGACAGGCUGGCAAACCCGCCACAAACCGGACUGAUACAAGUGGAGAGGGUGUCGUAAUUAAUAUGGCCCGGCAAGAUUUAGUGAGCCCGAACGAGCCCGAGUUUGAGCCCAGGUGAAGCAAGGGCUUGAUUUUGCGAUGGCGAGUUUUGAUGCGGUACAAUAUUGUCAUGCAUCGAUUCAGUGAAGAUUUGAUAUAAAAUCGGCCCUGACAGUACCUGUGGUUAUCCUUUGUCUGGAUCGACGUCCGCACGUGGUGGUUGAAGGACCCUGAACGCUUGAAGACUAGUCCCUCCCCAUCCCUCUACCCGCCGACCCCGCCCUCCAAUAAGAUCAAUCGAUGCUCCCACGCCGCGAUAGUUAUCGACUCACUUGCUCCUACCAUUCCAACACUUCCUAUUGAAUGGAGCCGGCGUCUUCACCUUCUCACUUUGCUACUGCUAUCCUCUGCUUUAAACAUACGCGCUUGCGCUCCGUCGCGCCGCCGCUGAACCCCCGUCCGGAACAUAAAUACACGGCAGAGCUGGCCUCGACUACAUCCUUACCCCGAUUCCGCUGCUUGCUUUCGACAUGAAGUUCGGUCAUAAUCUCCCCCGCAACCAGGUGCCUGAGUGGGCGUCGCAAUACAUCAACUACAAGGGCUUGAAGAAGCUCAUCAAAUCUGCCGCUGCAACCGCCGCUCAAACCGGCGAAGAUCCAGAUCUUGCGGGCAAGUCUUCCAAUCAACGUGGAAGCAACUCCAAGCUAACAGUUGCAGAAUUUUUCUUCUCCCUGGACCGCAACCUCGAAGACGUAGAUGGCUUCUACAACAAGAAGUACACCGAAUGCGCCCGUCGAUUGAAACUCCUCCAUAGUCGUUAUGGACGUGUUGCUAAGAUGCCCGAAGGCAUUGACAAAGAUGAGGCACAGGACAUCACAGGAGCUCUGCUGGAACUGCGCAGUCAACUUAGAAAGCUUCAAUGGUACGGCGACGUCAAUAAGAGGGGGUUCGUGAAGAUCACCAAAAAGUUGGACAAGAAGAUACCUGGCGUCACAACGCAGCAACGUUAUUUAGUGUCUAAAGUCACUCCCAAGGCCUUUGCCCACAAUCUGCCAGUAAACCAGGACAUGAAAUCCGUUAACGAUUGGCUGUCCGGGUUAGGCGACAUCAAGACAUUUGACGAUACAGGAUCUGCGCAUUCCGCCGCCUCUCUUGGCAGAGUCCCUGGCCUUGCGCUGAAUCUCCCUUCCGGCCUACUUGACUCUAUUGACCAAGCCAUUAGGAAAGAUGAGGCGGAUCAACUAACGGCAUCAAUCGUAGACAUUGCCUCUCAAAAUGAAUCGACUAGUGCAUCGUUCCAGCACAUCCUGUUAAACUUUCUACAGCGGGCCAUUUCGUGCCGCGCGAAGAAAUGCAUUACAAAGCUUUUGCAGGAGAUCACUUCCUUGGAAGAGGAGGAUGAUAUCAACAGACGCAACUGCAUUCACCGCCUAGUGAUCAACAUCGGUCGUAGCAAGAGCGGUGAAAAUCUUGGAGGCGAUAGCGUACCAAUGUUACAAACAUCCACAGAGCCCAACUUCAUCACCCCAGCGACGGCUCCUGACGGCCGACCACCACCAUACACAAACACCGAAGAAGAGUCCGCAAACAUCUUGAGCGAUAAUGACGAAUCUGUUCAACUCCUCGUUUACCUUCUGGAACAACUACCUCUGGCGCACCGCUCCGCCCUGCAAUCGCGAGAUGCAUAUGGACGCUUACCACUCCAUUAUGCAGCGCAGUACGGAUUUGUCAUCAUCUGUGAAAUCGUUAUCAAGCAUAUGCAAGAGUGGGGCCAAUUCCAGGUGGACCAAGGUAUCGAUUCCGCUGCAUGGCAGGAUAACGACGGCUACGCGCCGCUCCAUUUGGCCGUUAUUGGUGGCCAUCAGCUUACGACUAAAGCUCUACUUGAGGCGGAAAACUGGCACGGUAUAAGCACAGAGAAACUCGACUCUAGGAAAAACAGCUCGCAGUCAGGUGCAGCGCUUGCCCUAGCUACGCAUAACAACUUUGUCAAAAUUGUCGAACUACUGGUAGCAGCUGGCGUGAACGUCAACUACCAGAACGAUCAGGGCGAAACCGCUCUCCAUAUCGCGGCACGAUUUGGUCACGAUGAGUGUGCCACUGUAUUGUUGCAAGGAUCUGUUUCAUUCAAGGUCGAGCUGGAUUUGCCGGAAAAGAUAUUCGCAUGGACGCCUCUCUUCAUUGCUUGCGUGGAUGGACGGAAAUCCACGGCCAAACUUUUGAUCAAUCAUGGCGCCGAUGCCGACCGCUGCGACAUCGAUGGAUAUACUGCCAAAGAGCAUGCCGCAUUGCGAGGACACAUGGAAAUUGUGGAAAUGCUUGCGGAGAUCCCACGCAAAGCGUCAUCAGGACCAAUAGAAUCACGAAGUGCACCUUCUUUGUUGUCAUCAAUUGACGAGCGCAGGUCAAAAGGAUUGAACAGGGAGAGUCCGGCAAUACAACAGAAGCCUCCAGAGCCAAUGAAGACGUUCGGACACCGAUAUCUCACCAACGAGACCAUGGUGCUUGUCAGCCUUGGAUCUAUGGACCCUCGUAAGGACAGAUACGGCGGGGACAAGCCCAUCACACCAGUCGAACUCGGAGCCAUUCCAUUGGCGGAUGCACACGCUACACAGCUUGACGCAGCGCUUUCUGUAGUGGUCAGGGCCACCGGCGCAACGGGCGAGCCCACAAUCAUUGAUCUUCCUGUUCAAGACAAUAUCAGCACCGAGCCAAUUACAUUCAUGACGACAGACAUCUCCAAAGUCAAAAUCCUUUUCGAUAUUGUUCCUACCUACGCAGGUAAACCUGAGCAACCUGUUGGACGUGCAGUCGCAUUGCUAUCCUCGAUCAAAACCAGUAUAGGUUCGAGACGUAUUCCUCUACAAGGCGACGUGAAGGUACCGAUUGUUGCUGCUAGCACCCUCGACGUGAUAGGUUCCGUCAACUUCAACUUCCUUGUCAUCACUCCCUUCUCCCACCCCAACCUAUCCAUCACCGAACAGCAUACGUACUGGAAGAAAAUGACGUCGUCGACAAUGGUCAUCGGGCAUCGUGGUCUUGGUAAGAACAGGACUGCGUCUCGCUCGCUGCAACUAGGGGAGAAUACGAUACAAUCUUUCAUUGCUGCAGCCAAUCUAGGUGCUUCAUACGUCGAAUUCGAUGUGCAGCUGACUAAGGAUCAUGUCCCGGUCAUCUACCACGACUUCCUCGUCAGCGAAACCGGCAUCGACGCCCCCGUCCACACCUUGACUCUAGAGCAAUUUCUUCACGUUAGCGAAGGACAGACACCUCGACAAUCUAGACCUGAUUCACCCGACGGUGACAAGGGCCUCAGCCAUACCAUCGCAAUGAAACCAUCCCAGAGACGCUUACGGUCAUACUCAGUGGAUCACUCGCAGCAGAAGAAUAUCCAUACCAGUCACCACGUCGAGCUUACGGAGCGCAUGAAGCAUACCCGCGACUUCAAAGAAAAAGGCUAUAAAGGCAACAGCCGCGGAAACUUCAUCCAAGCCCCCUUCGCCACCCUUGAAGAAAUGUUCAAAAAGCUCCCCGAAUCAACCGGCUUCAACAUCGAGAUGAAAUACCCCAUGCUCCAGGAAUCAAUCGAUCACGACAUGGAUCAAUACGCCGUGGAGCUCAACUCCUUUGUCGACACCGUUCUCAAAAUGGUCUACGAUAAUAUGGGGAAGCGAAACAUCAUGUUUUCGUCAUUCAAUCCUGAUAUUUGCCUCAUGCUGUCGUUCAAGCAACCAUCUAUCCCCGUUCUCUUCCUCACAGAUGCGGGGACCUCGGAAGUCGGCGACGUGCGCGCUGCGAGCUUGCAGGAGGCGAUUCGGUUCGCGAGCCGCUGGAACCUCCUUGGCAUAGUGAGCGCUGCGGAACCCCUUGUCCAAUGCCCUAGGCUUGUCAAGGUCGUUAAAGAGAGUGGUUUGGUAUGCGUAAGUUAUGGAACGUUGAAUAAUGAUCCUAAGAAUGUAAAGAUUCAAGAAAAAGAAGGCAUCGACGCAGUUAUUGUUGACAACGUACUCGCUGUACGCAAAGGUCUCACGACGCAGGACUCUUCCGAGGUCACGGUCGUUUCGACUUCUGGGUCCACGACGAGCGGUGGGCCGCCCACGAGUGGAAGUGUGUCGUCUGAGGAUGUCGGUGAGACGAACGGUGCGCAUGCGCCGGUGAAAGCUGUAGCUGCUGCGUGAGGGCAAUUGCGGCGUGUGGGGGGGUAACCCGUUGUGAUAUUAUCGCUGUUACGCGGUUUGAUUAGAUACAUGAACGUGCAUUGCUUGCGAAUUGAUUUUUUUUUUCUUUUUUUCCUCGUUUCGUUUACGCACGAGGUUACUGGAUUCUGAUGAACACCUGGGCAUUUGAAGAUUGUGAGUCAGUCAAUAU